AUGGCCGUGGAAUGGUCACGACGACUUCUCCAUCUGCUGGACAGAGCAGCGCGUUUCCCGGAUCCAUCAGACGAGGGCGAGGUCUGCCUCAACAAGCCUGAACAUGCUUUGAAGCUGCGCCACGCAGCCAGAUCUAGAAUUGUGCUUCUGAAGAAUGAGAGUGGCGGGCUGCCCCUUCACCCCUCGGAUUGUCCCAAGAGGCUAGCGAUUGUAGGUCCGAAUGCAGAGCGCGUUGUGGCCGGUGGGGGAGGGAGCGUUUAUAUCAAAGCCCCUUACUGGACGUCGGCGUUUAAUUCCAUCAGAGCUCAGUUUGAACCGUGUGGAUCCCAGAUUGUCCAUCAUGUCGGGGCAAAGGUGAACCGAUACUUGCCCUCUGCCUCGUCGGAUAUAUGCAGAGACCCAGAUACAGGUCUUAGCGGUGGCGUAGUCGAUUGGUUUGAUGGACACGAUACUACUACGGCACCAGUGGCUUCACGCCAUGUCGACGAUCUCUACUAUAUCUCCUACGGAGACCGUCCUCCCCAAAUUGACCGAGCGACCAACUACAGCUUCCGCGUGCGCACAAUCCUCACAGCUCAAACUACCGGUGCGCACUCACCCUCCCUUGCUGGUAGGGGACGCUCAGAGCUCUUCGUGGAUGGCAAAACAGUGGCCUCAGACUCCGGCGCACGCCAGCCUGACGGGGAGCUAUUCUGCACGUACGGGGGCCAUGAGGCCUUUGUCACGAUGGACAUGGUCGCCGGACAAGAGUAUCACCUUGUUGCCGAAGGCCACUCGCACGACCGGCAACUGAACUGCCUGCGCCAAAUGGAAGACCAGUUCCAGGGUGUACGGACUGGCUACGAGGAACAUAGCCCUGCAGACCUCCCAGCUAAAGCAGCAGCCCUCUGCACUGGCACCGACGCAUCCAUCAUCAUUGUAGGUAGGGACAAAGAGUGGGAGACAGAGGGGCUGGACAUGCCCAUGUGGGAGCUCCCGGGAGAGCAGGCAUGGCUGAUCGAGGAGGUCGCUGCCGUAUGCCCUCGCACAAUAGUCAUCAUCCAAGCCGAAACACCGGUGGACUUACAGCCGUGGAUAGACAAGGUCCAAGCUAUUCUCUACUGCUUGUACCAGGGCCAAGAACUAGGCAAUGCAGUUGCAGACGUCCUCUGCGGCCACUUCAACCCGAGCGGUCGGCUACCCAUUACGUAUCCCCGGCGCAUCGAGCAUGCCCCUGGCGUCGAGCCCCUCUUCCCUCUCGGUUACGGUCUAUCCUACUCGACCUUUGCCUUGUCCGAUAUAAACGUCACCAACAAUCCACUGCGUAACCCGGAAACACGUAUCACAAUCCAUGCCCGAGUGACGAACCACGGCGGAAGCGACUUGCCAGCCCGGCAGACUGUCCUUGCGUUGGCGGCACCUGUGUCUGAAGGUCGACCGCGACUUUCGCGCCCGAAGAAGCAACUCUGUGCUUUUGUGAAAACACCGGAACUCAAGCAGGGCACGUCGUGCACGGUCGCGCUGCUGGUUGAUGCAUACACCCUUGGUGUCUAUGAUUCGAAGGCCAAGCACUGGGUCAUUGAUGCGGGUUCCGAGUUUGAUAUCUUGGUUGGAGCUAAUGCUGGGGCCGCGAGGGUUGCUGGGAGGGUUCAGGUGCCGAAUGAGAUAUCUUGGGUGCAUAGGUAUCACGAUGUCCGCCAGUAG